AUGAAGCUGCUGGCCCUGCUUGCCUUCACCGGCUUGCUUACCCUCGGUGGUGCUACGCCGGUGGCACCCACCCGAGUCAACUCCAUCUACGCCCGCCAGUCCAAUGGCACCAACACCACGGCCCCGUGUGCUCAGGUCUCCCAGGCAAUAUACAGCGUACCCGACCGGACGCUUACCCCGACUGUUCCUGCCAAGCUCGCCUACGACUGCAUCAACAGCGUGCCCUUCAACGCCACCGCCGCCAAGCUGAUAUUGCAGGGCCUUCCUCCCUACCUCAACUGGCAGAGCACCCUCACCGCGCUCAAGAGCCCGCCUGCCGAGUAUGCCUCGAAGGUGCAGCCGCCCCUUGACAUCCUCGGCGGCUUGAGCCAGAUGGCAGCCGACGUCGAUGCUGGCAAAUUCACGAGCGAAUAUGACUUCGGUUGGACGCUGUACACGUUGAUCCAAUCGGCCCACGAUGGUCACUUCGCCUACAUUCCCGAUUCUGUGGGCAGCGUCUUUGCUUUUGGCCGCAAGGUGCCAUUGGUUUCCGUGUCCGAAGAUGGAGAGCAGCUCCCCUCCAUUUUCGCCUUCUACGAUGUGUUGGGCAUGCAGUUCAAAAACAUCACCUACACCCCGUCGCCCGUGGUCGAGAUUGAUGGACAGGAUGCCUCCGAGUUCCUUGAGCAGUGGAGCCAGUGCGGCUCCCUGCAGGACCGCGACGCCUUGUACAACAAUGUGUUCUACGAACUUGCCCAGGUUAGUCUCGGCUCUUCUGGCUCCGGAACAGGAUCAUUCACCGGUGGUGGACGCGGCCGCUUCGUCUAUCCCGGAGCUACGACUACGCUGAAGUUUGCCAACGGGACCGAGUAUACGAUGGAGAACUACGCGCGGGUACAGAUUAGCUUCCGCGAAAUCGAAUCGGGAGAAGAUCUGGGGGAGUGGUUCACAAAAUUUGCAGGCUCAGCGGCACAAGUGGAAUCCACAGGAACUGUUGCUGCUGCAGCGGCGGCUGCACCUGGGUACCCUGCGCCUGUUGUUCCCGGCCCGGGCAACCUCAUCAACGGAUUCUACAUUGACACUCCGGGCUACGAAGACGUCGCAGUGCUCCAAGUUCCGAAUUUCGUUGGUACCGCCGCCUAUGAAAUCGGUUUCCAGAAGACCACGCAAGAGUUCCUACCGAAGGCGCUCGCGGACGGCAAGACAAAGUUGAUCAUUGAUCUCCAGGCCAAUGGCGGAGGUACGAUUCUCCAGGGAUAUGACAUGUUCAAGCAACUCUUCCCGUCCCUGGACCCGUAUGGUGCCAACCGCUUCCGCUACACUGAAGCUGCGGAUCUCAUCGGCCAGUCGUACAGCGCCUAUGCUUCCCUGGCUCCUCGCGGAACGGGCAACUAUUCAAUCAGGCAGGUUCAGAAUGCCUACUUCGACUACCAUAUGGAUAUGACUGUUGAUGGCGAGCCAUUUGACUCGUGGGAUGAGAAGGUUGGGCCUGUUGAAACAAACGGUGACAAGUACACCCAGCUUUCGCGAUGGAACCUCUCCGACGUCCUUAUCUCCAUCUCCUCUGGCGGCAUCAACAUCACUGGAUAUGGCCCCCUCGCCAAUAUCACUGGUCCGCCCAAGUUCAGCUCCGAGAACAUUGUUCUCCUCACGGACGGCUACUGUGCAUCUACUUGCACCAUUUUCAGUGACUUCAUGACCAAGCAAGCUGGUGUCAAGACCAUUGCCAUGGGCGGCCGAAGCAACAAGAACCCCAUUCAGGCUAUUGGUGGGGUGAAGGGCGUGAACAAUUACGCCUUUUCCUACAUCCAGUCGUUGGCUAUGAACGCCGUCCAACUUGCCGAUGCGGGGCUAAAAUCUGAGCUCAACUCCUCAUCCCUGCGCGACUACUACGACAACUAUAUCUUCGCCCGAGCCGCUGGUUCUCCCGGUGUCAAUGUUCGCGACGGAGUCGCCCCCAACGAUACCUCUGGCGUCGCGCUGCAGUUCAUUUACGAGGAAGCGGGUUGCCGACUCUACUACACGCCAGAGAUGACUGUGGACGCCACUGCCAUGUGGACGGCGGCCGCUGAUGCGCAGUGGGGCAACAGCGGCAAGUGCGUGAACGGUGGAGGCUACGGAAAGCGGGAGGCUGAGGAGGUCACCACCAAGCUAAAGCCGCGACGCGUCCAUAUUUCGCAGGCCGCUGCACUGAGGAAGUUUGAGGCGUUCGAGAAGAGCUUCGACCUGGAGACGGAGUGCCACAUGUCUGGCGACGGAUUCAUGGACCCGUGA